CACUGGGUUGGCGUCGUCAGUGAUAUCAUGUGGAGGCCUGGUAAUGUUACAGUAUGUGCAUGCACAUUGCACGCUGUUGAUGUUUAGGGUUAGUUUCCAUGGACAUGGCGUUGACGCAUAGCCCUUCGUAACUCUGUGGUCUGGUGGUGAUUUAGUGAAGACCUUACAUGAACUGAGGAAAAUACAUCAAAGGGAGGGGUUACGUCACUUACAUGAUCUGUUGACAUUCCCAGCCAUGGCACAUCUGAAGGAAGAUUGGAUUGACUUUGGCAAAUUAGAGAAGGAACUAGAUGAGGCCGUGCAGAAGGACGCUCGCUACUGGCGUGAGAAUGACGCCAAAUUCCGCGCUGUGGAGCAACGGGUCGAGACGUAUGAACAGUUCAGGGACAUUGUGAAAGCUGCUCAUAUCAAACCUUUGGACAAAAAAGACAAGAUUGGUGAAGGGAAGCGAAAUCAACCGUGGAACCCUUAUACCUCAAAGACAGCCGGUCAGGAACACCCCAAGCAAGACGAGUUCUCUCGCAAGGAAUCAAACAACUUACCAAAGACAAGCCAUGAAUUCAUACAAAGUUGGAAAACUCUCGGCGACGCACCCAGCGAGAAGUACCAUUUACUCACGGGUCUGGGCUCCGAACAGCUGGGUCACAUUUUCCGGGCCGAGAUAGGCUUCGGUCUCCUGGGUGACUUCAUGACAGUUUUGAACCAACAGUUUCGAGGGAGUGAUUGUCAUUGCAUUGUGGGUAUUCUGGAAAGUCUGUCAAGAACAAAUCGCUUUGGGCUGUCGGUGGGCUUCUUAAGCAAACCCGAAAGACAGGAUUGUCUGGAGUUGUUUCAGAAACUCCAAGAAGCUUCCAGCUGUCUUGAGAAAAACUCAACAUCUGCCUUUGCAUCCAGUGAAACCAAAACUAAAGAUGUGCUACCAGAAACUAGAGAAAGUGGCAAACUUCAGCCCUGCCAAAUUGCAGAGGAAGGAAGCGAUGAUGUACAGGACAAACUAAUGGCAUUAAGAAAACUUUACAAGUUAUGAGACGAUGAUUACAAGAACUGUUAGGAGAUACAUUAUCUGUUCCUAUGCAGUUCCAAUUGCUUUCAACUGCCAUGCUGUUUAUUUUAUGGAGAAUACAGUUUUCAAGGCGUGAGUGGGUAAACAUGGUAAACGUACCUGUGCAUGAUGCAGUUUAAGCUGCAUGUGUACCUUGGCUGUCACUUUGUUGAGAGGACAGUUUACUUUAUUUCAUUCUGGACCACAUUGUAAGGACAAAAGGUCUUCCCCCAUAAACACCAUGUUCCAACACAUGUGGUCCCCGCAACUAAGGUGCCAUUACGUGUGACAAGGCCAGUACGACACAUAGGGGAAAGUUUCUUUUCCUUUGAGGUGACACAAAGGGGAAAGUGUCUUUCCUUUGAAAUGACACAUAGGGGAAAGUUUCAUUUUCCUUUGAGGUGACACAUAAGGGAAAGUUUCUUUUCCUCUGAGACUGAGUUGCAGGACAAAAGUUUGGCCCCACAACUUUUUUGGUUCCCACAAACUCUUUUUCAAGACUUAUGUAGUCCCCAUAGCUACCAAACAAGUACAUGCAAGUACCGGUACGUUGUUGGGCUACACACGUGUGCUGAAACAUGGAUGUGUCAGGAGAUUAAAAAAUGUCAUUUUUGUCCCCAUAACUUGGUGUCAACCUUCCCAACAAGAAAUUAUUCCCUCCGUGCGGCAGUGGCCGGGGACACGACGCAAGUAUAAGUGGUUAGGCCUGCACGGCAUAAAGGGGACCGUUUUGUCGUCAAGAAAGUUGGACCGAGUUGAGGGAUUUCAUUUUUCCCCAUAACAUAUUGGGUCCCCAUAACUUCUGUUUAUUUCAACACACAUUUUGUCCCUACAACCCGGUAAGUGUGUAUUUUAAGCCAAUCAGAACUCAAAUAUCUGAUUUUACUAAGGGAAUACAUAUGUGCUUAGCCGGUCAAGUUAAACGUGUGUUGAAGACCAGCUCAGGAGAAUGGAAACUGCAGUCCCCUGAGUGAGUCUUAAACAUUAGUAUAAGACCAGCCAAGCAGCCAGUCUUAAAAGUUAGUUUAAGACCAACCAAGCACAUAUUUAUUUCCAUUUAUAAAUACUGUUUUAGUCGAGAGUCAAAAGAAGUCAUUGUAUGUAAAAUUUCGAAGGUUUUUUCCAAGAAUUUUACUUUAAUUUCCCAAACACCCCCGUCCAUUUCAUGGUAUAUUCUUUGUGCAAGUAGUCCUUAUAUAUAUAGACUUGGUGCGUGCUUAUUGAGGUAUGUAUCCUGUGGCCCACACAGACUCUUGACCAAUAGCAAUGGAUUAAACUCUCUCGUAUCCAAGUGCCA